UCAAGUUGAAAAACUCACAUGUUUGGGUUAUUCAUGUGAUUUAAUUUAAGGCCGCUAUUAGAAUAAAGUUUUUUGACAUUGUUUUUUUGACUUGUGAAUAUUUAAACAUAUAUUGUCUUGUGUUAAAUUAUGUCUUCAACGCCAUCAGAACCGGAACAUAAGAAAGGUUUUAAGAAGCGAUUUCCUGACAAGAACAAAUUCAAAGGAAAACAUGGAUUCAGAAAAGGACAAAACAAUAAAAAGACUGCCAAAGACCGUGGUUUAAUGCCGCUUCCGGAUGACGUUGAAGCUCAAUUGGUGAAAUUGAGAAAAAAAUUAAACAGCAGUGGUAAACCAGUAGAAGAAAUCAAACAAACAUUGCGACAAGAACGUAGAAAAGCUGAAAACGAAUUCCGAAAGCAAUUGAAAAAUGCUUGUUAUCGAUGUCGAGAUCCUGGACAUAAGUUAUCCGAAUGUCCCAAGGCUGAGGGAGAUAUGGACACCAUGACUGACGUUUGUUUUAAAUGUGGAUCUGCAGAACAUAAUCUAUCUGAAUGUAAAAGUAAAAAGACUGAACUCGAUUUUGUUCGAUGUUUCGUUUGUUCCGAGAGAGGACAUAUUUCCAGAGAUUGUCCUAAAAACACUAAAGGAGUUUACCCAAAAGGUGGUUCCUGUAAAAUAUGUAAAAGUGUUAAUCAUUUAGCCAAAGAUUGUCCUGACGCUGUCAAAGAUGGUGAAGAGCCUGAAGAAGAGAUAACUUUAGGAACAUUAUCAGCUAAGGAAAGUGCUGAUGCUGAUGAUCUUUCGAGGUUUAAUAAAAAUAAAAAGAAACCUAAAGUUGUUAAUUUUUAGCUUAGGUUCUUUUAAAUUAAAAUUUAAAAGAUGUUUCUAAUUUUUA